AUGCCCAAGGUUCUCUUGAGUGGAGGCAGUGGCUUCAUUGCUGCUCACAUCGUUGACAUUCUGCUCGCGCAUGGCUUCGACACCGUUGUCACCGUGAGGUCCGAGGAGAAGGGCCAAAGGAUUCUAGAGGCUCAUCCAAACACGCCGAAAGAAAAGCUUUCCUACGUUAUUGUCAAGAAUGUCGCGGCAGAGGGUGCCUUUGAUGAAGCCGUCAAAUCUGACCCACCAUUUGACUAUGUCCUGCAUACUGCAUCGCCCUUUCACCACAAUGUUCAAGAUCCAGUGAAAGACUUUUUGGACCCCGCCAUCAAGGGAACAACCGGUAUACUGAAGGCAAUCAAGGCCUAUGCUCCAACGGUGAAGAGGGUCGUUAUCACUUCCUCAUUCGCAGCGAUUGUCAAUGCCAAGAAGCACCCUGAAUCGUACAGCGAGAAGAAUUGGAACCCGGUAACUUGGGAGGAAGCCCUGGAUGCCUCCAAUACCUACCGUGCGAGCAAGACAUUUGCAGAAAAGGCAGCCUGGGACUUUGUAGAAAAGGAGAAGCCAAACUUCGACAUUGCGACUAUCAACCCGCCUUUUGUGUUCGGGCCUGUUGUGCACUACCUUAACUCACUAGACGCCAUCAACACUUCGAACCAGAAAGUUAGUAACCUGAUUCAGGGAAAGUGGAAGGACGCUAUUCCUCCAUCCGGCACGUUCCUCUGGGUAGAUGUACGCGAUGUUGCACUUGCGCAUGUCAGGGCUAUAGAGGUCCCAGAGGCCGGUGGUCAGCGUUUCUUUGUCACCGCCGGCUAUUACUCCAACAAAGAGAUUGCAGACAUAGUACGAGAAACGCUCCCUGAACUUGAAGAUAAAUUCCCCCCGAAGGGCUCUUCGAGUGAUUUGCCAGCGGACAUCUACAGCUACGACAACAAGAGAUCCGUGGAAGUUUUGGGCAUCCAAUACCGGACGUUGAAACAGUCCAUUGCUGACACGGCUAAGUCACUUUCGUCUAUUGCCAGGCUAUCUCCGACAGCGAACUUGCUGCGGAAGUCUCGCCUUUUCGCCCUUCCACAGGCUCUGACGCCACCCCAGACUCCGCCAACCUCGAAAAGUGUCAACGAAUCCGAGACCGCAACCCUUCCUCAUCCUAUCCGAGCGUCCAUUGUCACACCGUCGUCGUCUCUUUCCAGGGGUGACUGGGGUUUGAAGAGACCUCUUCCCGCUAAAUCGACGUCCGAAAAAUCUUCCAGGCCCGUGGUCAGAAUCAAUGCACUCGAUACCUUCGAACACAUCACGGACUUCGAGUCCGCGGCCGAUCAUACGGUGACCCUAGAGAAAUUCCAGGAGCUUAACAUGCCGGUUUCGCUCCCCGCAAGAGUCACGUACGGAACCAGCAUCAUUCCCAGACACCAGAGUCCCUUCGAAUCGCAUGUCGACAACACACAUACUAGCGAAGGCCUGAAGGAGCCCGGCGCUAGACAAUUCAGGCAUUCCGGGCCCUGGCUUGCCGGGCAGACGGAGGCCGAGUUCCAGGCAUAUUUGAAGAAGGUCCGGAAGAACAAGCCAGAGAUCCUACAGAAGCUUCGUGAAUACUUCGUCGCCAAGCGCGAAGCCGAGCAAAGGAAGCAAGCUCAAGAUAACGGCCAGGAUCUGGCAACUCUCCGACCUGUCCAGAUCACCGACGAAGAAUUCCAGGGCUACCUGAAGAAACUCCGCACAGAUCCGUUCUCACUAGGCCCUGUCGUCUUCGAGCUUCUGGAUCUGCCGUCUCCUCCGGCUGUACCGAGCAGCCGACUCAACAACCCAUACUACCAGUCCCCCGGCAGCAAGCUUUCUUCCGCGGAGUAUGUCGCAUCCGGACCACCAAGGACGCAUCCCUCGGCUGGUCUGUCUUACACAAGAUCACACGCUUUGAUCUACAAUCACCCCAAGUAUGGACCUCAGGCCCACCAACGCCCAGUGGAGGCACGUAUCUUGCGCCCCAGAGGACGGAAGGGCAAGAACACGAAGGCCAUUGCAGGUGUGGCUGGUAUUGCCGUGGAAGACUUGAAUACUGUCACCUUUACCGAGCAGGACUCUCCGGCCGGCCUUGCCUACUUUGACGCCUCUAUCCCCGGUGGUGCUAAGUACUGGGCCACCCCUAUCCGGGCCUUUGUCGACUCGGAAGGCAAGAUUGGCCUGGCUUCUUACCGCGCUAGCGCUACUGCUAAAGCCCCUUACGGAAUCGAUAGCCAGAAGAAGCCCGGAUCUUACAGCAUCUCUGACGUGGCUCGCGGCGACCAGCGCGUGGUCCCGAGACUGGAUAGACAGCGGAACGCCGCAGCGGAGACUGAGGAGGUUGCGCGUAACCUCAUGAAGAGCCUUGGCUCCUAG